CAGAGGCAGAUGUACAGAGAGACAGAGUAGAGAGACAGAUAGGCAUCGGCAGAGCCACAAAAAGGUCAAUAUAAAAAGAAAACUAGUCAAGAAAGCAGCUACAAAAAAGAGACAGUACAUACAUUAAUGUCGGAUAUGGCCAGGUUGGAUGUCAUGGAAGUGUUUCAUGGUAUUUCUUUUCCUGGACACCUGCACACCCAGGAUUCCUUACAACUUGCUCUUAAAUUUCCAUUUAAGGACACAGACAUCCUCGUUGUCUCCUAUCCAAAGUCAGGCACCACAUGGUUGCAGGAAAUUGUGACUCUCAUAUCCAGCAGAGGGGACCCACACCUGUCCCAAACUGUUCCAAACUGGACUCGGGCUCCCUGGCUGGAGCAUUAUUACUUUGCUUCGAUACUGGAGGCCUCAUCAAUAACACCUCGAGUCAUCACCACGCACCUACCUUAUCACCUUUUGGGCCCUGCCCUCCAGGGCUCCAAAGCCAAGGUAAUCUAUGUGAGCAGAAACCCUAAAGAUGUGGUGGUGUCCUUUUACCACUUCCACAAAAUGGCCAACUUCUUCCCUGAGGCUGGAUCAUUCCCAGAGUUUUUAAAUCGAUUCCUGGAGGGAACACUGCCCUAUGGCUCCUGGUUUGACCAUGUUAUCGGCUGGACCAGUCAGACAGCAACAAUAAACAAUCUGCUUUACAUCACCUAUGAAGAGAUGUCGCUGGAUCUACAUGGUGCCAUAAAGCGGGUUAGCUCUUUUCUACAGUGUCCCCUGGUGGAGGAUGAGCUCAACAACUGUGUGAAACACAGCAGCUUCAGCAGCAUGAAAGAAAACAAGAUGAUCAACUACACCCUGGUCCCUGAAGAGAUAAUGGACCACAGCAAGGGCUCCUUCAUGAGAACAGGUAAGAUUGGAGAUUGGAAAAACAUGUUCACAGAGGAGCAGAAUCAAUAUUUCAAAAGAGUCUUCAAGUCCAAAAUGCAGGACUGCACUUUGGAGUUUGUGUGGGAGAAGCAUAACAAAGAGGAGCCACAUGCUAAUGAACAAUUUCCACAGAAAAACACACAGAACUGUGAAAAAAGCUAAAUGAAAUUAGAAUGCACCAUGUAAUUUUAAUGACAUUGUAUUUUAUCUACAUGUAGAUCUAUGUACAUGUAUGAUUUUAACUACAUUUAUGUAGAUUUUAUUGACCUGUAUGACAGCACACUUUGUUGCCUCUUAUGUAUAUUGCUGUCUCACUUUCAUCAGUGUGCCUGUGCAUGAUGUGAUCCUUGUGAUGAUUUAUUCAAUGUUUUGAUGCAUUAAUUGAAUUAAAUGAAUCUCAGAUCGACCGAA